GUGGCUGUGGGGCUAUAUUAUGUAGAGCAGUCAGCUGGAGAGGAUUGUGUGAACUUGUAUCCUUUAUCUGUGGACACGAAGAGAAAAAAGCCUUUUGAGAACACAUUCACACAUCAGCUUUUAAAAUAAGCUCAUUAAGAAGUGGAUAUGAUGGAGCUCAUCAUCAAAGUCCUGAGCGGAGAAACGUGGUCCGUGUACGUGAACCCGAGUGCCACCAUUGGUGAACUUAAGCAACAGAUUGCCUCGCACUUUAAAGCACCACCUUCACGGCUGAGGCUUUCCAUCUCCAAUGGACAAAUCCUGCAGCUGGACUGUGACCAGAAGAUGGUGAGAGAUUACGGCCUGAGCUCAGGAUCCACCGUGAUGCUGCUGAUCUCCGCGACACCUGUACCAUUUCAGGUGUUUGUGAAGAACGAGAAGGGGCAGACGAGAACAUACGAUGUCACUGAUGAUGAAACUGUCGAUCAGUUGAUGAGAAAGAUUUACCAGAAAGACAAAACACCAAUCGACCAGCAGCGGCUGAUCUACAAUGGCCGACAGCUCGAGUCUGCCAUGAGGCUGCAGGAUUACAACAUUGUUUCUGGAAGCACCAUCCACAUGACCCUCCGUCUGCGUGGGGGCUGAUGGGACAGAAACACAUAGAGAUUAUUUUAGAUUUAUAAAUUAUGUUUAGCACGAGUCAAAUUGUUGUAUGUGUUACAUAUAUACAAGUGUGUUAGAGUUUCUUCAUUGAAUUUAACUGAUUCUCCUUUUUGGACCUUUUUUUCAGUAUUUUCCUGUAUUCCUAUUUCAAAUUUUCUUUACACUCACACACACACAUCACACACACACACACACACACACACACACACACACACACACACACACACACACAAACACACACACAUACGCUUUUCCCAGUUUUUAUAAAAGUGUUAAAUAUUUUCUAGCUUUAACAUUUAGUGUUGUUAAAAUAAUUUAUAAGCACAAGUAGCUUAAAUAAGGUCACAUUUAAACACAAUGUAAUAUCACAUAAAAAGUAUUGAUUUUUUUUCUUAAGUAACUAUAAUAGUUUAUUUUGCAAUAGUUCAUAAAAUUAUUAAAUUAUAUCUGUGUAAAUAAAAAAUUAUACAACA